AUGGAGCUCGCAGUGUCCAACAUCGAUUCCUUCCAGCUCUCAGUACUUUCACUCUCUGAUGCUUGCCAAUCUCGCACGGGGGCACUCCUGUUACCCACUUACGAGAUUGGCUCGUUGUUCAUGAGAGAGUACUGUGGCAAGCAGCCCCGCAGAGCCAUCAGGCUCGGUCUCUCGCGCACGCGCCUCGUAUUCAGGUUAAAGCCACCUUCUAUACUAUGCACGGUGCAACCGGCUGCCUUCCCCGUUGCAGGCCCUCACAAGCAAGUUCAGUCACAGAAAGUGCAACAGACAUUGUCAUGUGCCGCACGAGUACAGCAAGGGCCGACGGUAGGCAUUCACACCAUCCAGUUCGGGUGGGAAUGCCGCGAUAAUACCUACUCCAUCGAAUUUGAGAAGACUGGUCUGGCCAGAAGUCAUCUCAUAUUCGACGAAGACCACCGGCAGUUCCGUCUCCACCUUGUGCAGUCAGAAGAAGUCUUGUCAAUUGUCUUGCGCGCAUCGCAAGUCGUCUGGGCCUCCAUCGAUCCCUCAGGAGCGGCCAUGUUUUUCUCGCUGGCCUCCGCACCGACAUACGAGGCGAGCGGCUCCGUUCCAGACAUAACCAGAAGGGGAUCCAUCCAGCUGUCAGCCCUCGAUUCCCAGCAUGAAGAGUACACGCCCUACACGUCAUACUCUCUCCGGGUUCUCUGCGGUAAAUCCGCUGGGAGAUACAACACUUUGCGUAGCAUGUGCCAAGCAGCGCAUAUAUCCGUUCACAGCUAUGUCUACUUUAUCACUCGACAGAAUAUUUUCUCUGUUGAUGUGCGUGCACGCUACAAUGCCUGGCUUGCAGCCGAGCUCUUCGAUAUAGCAUUCCAGGUAGACGCCAUAGCUCGAGCUGGUGUCAUGGACCUCCAGGAACUGCUGAAACUUAAACCUCACUUGGAGAAGAUGCGGUCGUCACUUGGCAGCUCCUACACUGCCGGUUUCAUACGCUAUCUCGGGGAAGAAGCACGGGCCACUUCCUGGUACACAGCAACAAAUCCGACAGGUCCCGUCGCGGUCGAUCGCCUCAUCAAGUUCUACUUGCGCUGCAAGAAAACAUUCAACCCUUCCAUGAUGCUACCAUUCAGCGACGCAGAGACAUUUCCUUGCUACCAUGUCACGAUCACGCCAUCUCGGUUUAUCUUGAGCGGACCGUUCCCGGAGAGAAACAACCGCGUCAUGCGAAAGUACGCCUCUCACACCUCCAACUUCUUGCGAGUGGACUUUGCGGACGAGGAAGGUUUUCAAUACCGGAUGGACCGCGUGCUCGACAGUCGUCGGUUCGUGCGCGAGCGGUUCGGGCGUUUCCUCUCGCAGGGAUUCGUUCUCGUCGAUCGUCAUUUCGACUUCCUGCAAUGGUCACAGUCCGGGCUCAAACAGCAUGCCGUCUGGUUCGUCAAGGAGUUUCAGAUGUCUCACGAUACCGUCACCGUUGACUCCAUCAUUGCUGACCUGGGCACCUUCCACGACACGCCGUACGACCCUCGGCUCAUGUACUGCCCUGCGCGUCUCGGCGCCCGUCGAGCCUUAGCAUUCACGACCACGGAUGCUGCUGUAGAAGUGGAAGCCGAAGAAAUCGUCGUAGAGCCGGAUAUCGAGGACGCCAAUGGGAAGCGAUCUUUCACGGACGGCGCAGGUUUGAUCUCGGAGGAGCUGAUGACAGCCGUGUGGGAGGAGCUGCGAAAGAAAAGUCGCCGAUACCGGCGGGCCCACAUGAUGCCAGAUGUCAUUCAACAUCGCUUCCAAGGCAGCAAGGGUACGUCGACAGUGAGCCGCCGCUUACCGGGGCGAGUCCUCGUCAUAAGGCCAUCGAUGAUCAAGUUUGAGGCGACAGGGUCCAGGAUGGUGGAGGUCGCGGCCGCAUUCACCAGGGCGGGUCCCUUUCGCUUGAACCGACCCCUGAUCAUGCUUCUCGAGGGCCUUCGAAUCCGAGGCGGGUACGAGAUCCUAAAGAAGCUGCAGGACGCGGUCAUUCAAGAGACUAAAGACGCCGCAAACUCGCUAUCGACGGCAGCCAGGCUGCUUGAACCGCACGGCUUGGGUACGGGGUUCAAGGUGUCUUCGGUAUUCGCGAACCUAGCAAGGCUCGAGUUGGACAGCAUGCCGGACCCCUUCUUCCACCGCGUGCUGAACGUCGCGAUCUACCACAUCCUUCGAGAUCUCAAGUACCAUGCUCGCAUCCCCGUGCCCGGUGGUUACACCCUCGUGGGGGUGGCGGAUCCGUACGGCUACCUCGGCGAGGGAGAGGUUUUUGCCUGUGUCACAACUUCGACCAACGCAGAGCCCAUCUUCCUCGAAGGAGAGAUGAUGAUAUCUCGCUCUCCCACCGUCCACCCUGGAGAUGUGCAGAUUGUGCGCGCCAUCGGACGGCCUCCGAAAGGCAGCGAAUUCGACAAACAUCCUAUCAUGAACGCAUUAGUCUUUGCUACCAUAGGAAAGCGCCCGCCUGCAUCAUGCUUGGGUAAUGGAGAUCUUGACGGCGAUGUCUACGUGUGUACAACAAAGGAAGAGUUACUCCCAAAGCAGACUCGCGCUCCAGCUAGCUAUGAUGCCGCGGCGAGGAAGGAGGUUCCACAUCAGAGUACGCAGCAGGAUAUGGCGGAUUUUGUGACCGAAUUUAUUUGUAGCGACAACAUUGGCAUCAUUGCCUCGCGGUGGCUCGAGCUCGCGGACAAAAGAGGUAUCUUCGACCCUGGCUGCCUUCGCCUCGCGUACCUGCAUAGUCUGGCUACGGACUAUCCCAAGACUGGUCUGCCGGUGCCACUCGAAUAUCUUCCGGGAACUGAUAUGCGGCGAGGAAGGCCCGAUUGGAGUGCACCUGAGACGGAGGGCUCUAGGCGGUUCUACCAGAGCACCCGCUACCUCGGCCGCCUUUUCCGUGAAGUCCGUCUUCCCGUGCCCCCUCACCCGCAACAGCCCAAGCAAACAUACGAAGAACGGUUGGAACUGGGCAAAGUCACCGCCUUCUUCCGCGAUGACAGUCGCGCUUCAAUGAACGCGAUCGACGCGAAGGUUCACGACUUUGUUUAUCCAUAUAUUCAAGCCGCUCCAUUACGCCACCAGCAACGCAUCAAGCAAGUAUGGGAGUUAUUCUCGGAGUACGUACCGCGCUUGCGGUCGAUAUGCUUAUCGUGCAAUCUCUACCAAAGACGCUCAGCGAUGCUCACGGAGGAGGAGAUUGUUGCUGGUACCAUUGUCGCCCACACGAGCCAACCCGCCUUGCGCAAGGAGCGCAUGUCCCAAAUGCGAGAGCAGAUAUCCCUACUCACAGAGCACAUUGCCACGCGGCUCAACGGAGACGACAACAAUCCGCACGAGGUCUUAAAGCGAGCCUGGGCAGCAUAUAGAUUACCAACACUCAGGCCAGAGUCUUUCGGAUCGAAGAGCUUUCGUUUCAUCGCGAUCCACGAAAUAUUUGACGCAGUCAAACGAAUCGUUGCGGAGGACUCUCAGGCGGGAGAAGGAGCCGGCGAUGGUUAGAAUGACCGCUAAUCAUCUUGUCGCCAUAAUCUUUACGUCUUAACGUAUGAUUUCGAAAUAUGUGUAGUGAAAUGCAGUCGAUUCGGAAGCCGCAGUACAAGGUGACGCGAGAAAGGAUACUGCUAUACCCUACUUGCGCUUCUUUACCUUCUUCGCAGACUGAACGAAGAAUAAGUGUUGGUAUCAGUAUCAAAACACGGUCUAUGAACAUACCUUUGGCGUACGAGGGGUACUGGAUGAAGCCGGACCGUCACCUUCCCCGUCGCUCGAAACUACGCUGCCGGCACCUGCGCUAGACGAGGAAGGGAGCUCGUCAGCUAUCGGGACAGGCGUUGACGGCGUGCUUCUAACAGUCAGCGCAGGGGAUGCGGGUGCCGGCAUGGGUGACCGUGGCGCGGAGCCAGGAUUCGGAUUCGGCACUUGGACUAGGUUGAGUUUGGCCUUGACACCGUACUUUUGCUCUGAGAACCGGAUAAUGCAUUAGAUCGCUGAGUAGAUAGCCGGGACAGAAGGUUCACCUUUCUCGGCUUUCAUAGACUCGAUCGAGUCAAAGAUAACCUUCAUCUUCUCAUUAUGAAGUACUUCAGUUGCUGUCUGGUAGAUGAUUUGCCCCCAGCCCUCAACGAAGGUGUUCGCCUCCGCCGCCGUCUCGAGGACUUCAGCCUCAAGUUCUUUCUCCGCGGCAAGAAGGCUGUUCCACAGUUCGUCACCUAUUGAGCCUUUUUGAAGCAAGUUCUGAAGGGCGGGCUUGUCAUCACGUAGGCGCAUGAUCCGACUGACAUUUGUCACGGCGCGACGGACUAGCGCAGCUUUCAGUAGCUGGUCAGGCGUAGGAGGGUCUAUCCUUUGUAACAAGGAUACAUAGACGUCGCGUUCGCGAUGGCGGGGAAAAUACGGUUCGAUUACUUUCCCUGUGGCACACGAUUUCAGCACCAAACACGUAUUCGGCUGUAAACCUGGACGUACUGGCAGCACGCCGCUUGUAGAGUGUGCUGAAGACCCACAAGCCUCCAAAGACAAUAAAUACAUAGAGGAGAGGGACGAUGAGGGAGGCCAUCGUCGCGGAGGCUCGCGGGGCUUUUGACGUCGUUGAGGUCGAUGACUGGUCAAAACUGCAAGCGUGAGCUGGCACAGACGCGU